UGCCUCCGGUCGCGCGCCGCCUCGCGCGGGUGGUGUCAGCCCUGGCAGCGCCCGCUCCGCAGUCGGUUCGGCUCUGAGCGCCCCCUCCGGCGCAGCGGGGUCGGGCGAGGAGCCGGGAGGGGGCGGGCGCGGAGUCUGGCAGGAUGGUAGCGCCCUGCGGCCCGCGGGCGGCGUCGGCGGCGCUGCAGGGUCAGGGCUGGGCCUAGGCUGCACGCGGAGGUCUGGUCUCAGGGGGCGGCUCACUGUUGCCCAAAGCGUCAGCCCGGAUGGGUGCGCCUUAAGCCGAGGGCAGGCAGCCUGGGCCGUGGGGCUCUGGGGAGGAUGGUGACCCCCUGGCGCUUGUCUGUCAGGCUCUGCUUGUCGCACCUAAGGGGUUUUGAACUCAGAAAGGAACUAGGCCUUCUGAGACCCUCGGGGUGCUCUCGAAAUGCCAGACUCUGUUGGCUUCUGCUGGGUGCUUUACCCAAACUCAUCUCAGCCUAUGGGGACUUCGAUGAGGGGGCCCCUGACAGCUUGUGCCGGCGAAGGGCCCUCUGGAGUGACCCUGCUAGAAGCGGGCCAGUGGAGAGGCUCUCCCAAGCAGGGCCGCUAGGCUGCGUCUUCCUGCACCUCCGCAUGUGGCUCCGGGCCGGCGCCCUCUUGUUGAAAUUCUUCCCCCUCCUUCUACUCUACCCACUCACCUACCUGGCUCCCAGCGUCUCCAGCCUCUGGCUCCGCCUGCUUCUGAAAGCCACUGAGACCUCAGGUCCGACGUACAUCAAACUGGGCCAGUGGGCCAGCACCCGGCGAGACCUCUUUUCGGAGGCUUUCUGUGCACAGUUCUCCAAGCUGCAUGUCCGAGUGACCCCGCACCCUUGGACUCACACUGAGCACUUCCUGCAGCAGGCAUUUGGGGAGGACUGGGGGAGAGUUCUCUCCUUUGAGAACCAGGAGCCUGUGGGUUCAGGCUGCGUGGCCCAGGUGUACAAAGCAUAUGCCCGCACUACCUUCCUGGAGAAGGACAGCAUCCAGAGACUUGGCGGGGCCUCCUGUCUGCAGCCUUCCUCAGAAGCCGCGGCAGUCAGGGGGCUGAGAGAGCUCUUUGGACCCUCCGGAAAUCUUGCUGACCAGUCAUUUCUAGAAAGGCUGCUCCUCCCUAAAGCUGACUUGGUUGGAUCAAAUGCUGGGGUGUCUCAGGUCCCUGGCCACUGCCCCAAGCCAGAUCACCUCAUCCCUGUGGCAGUGAAAGUGUUGCACCCUGGCCUGCUCUCUCAGGUGCAUAUGGACCUGCUGUUGAUGAAGAUUGGCAGCCGAGUCCUUGGACUUUUGCCAGGAAUCAAGUGGCUUAGCUUGCCCGAGAUUGUGGAGGAAUUUGAGAAGCUCAUGAUCCAACAGAUCGACCUGCGUUACGAAGCUCGGAAUCUAGAACACUUCCAGCGCAACUUCCAGAAUGUGAAGGCUGUCAAAUUCCCCACCCCUCUGCGUCCCUUUGUUACCAGGGAUGUCUUGGUGGAAACAUACGAAGAGAGUGUGCCUGUGUCCAGUUACCAGCAGGCAGGGAUUCCCGUGGACUUGAAAAAGAAGAUUGCGCGGCUGGGGAUCAACAUGCUUCUGAAGAUGAUAUUUGUGGAUAACUUUGUGCACGCCGACCUCCACCCCGGGAACAUCCUGGUCCAGGGUGCCGACAGUCUCUCCUUGAGCCGGGAGGCACGGCUGCAGCAGGUGGACGUCUGUGACACACUGGUGGUGGCCUUGGUGCCAGCCCUGCGGCCGCUGCGCCUGGUGCUGCUGGACGCCGGCAUCGUGGCGGAGCUGCAGGCUGCCGACCUGAGGAAUUUCCGCGCAGUUUUCGUGGCUGUGGUGAUGGGGCAGGGCCAAAGGGUGGCCGAGCUCAUCUUGCGUCAUGCUCGGGCCAACGAGUGCAGGGACGUGGAGGGGUUCAAAGCCGAGAUGGCCACACUGGUGACCCAGGCCAGGAAGAACACCAUCACCCUGGAGAAGCUUCAUGUUUCCAGCCUCCUGUCCAGCGUGUUUAAGUUACUGAUGGCUCACAAGGUAAAGCUUGAGAGCAACUUUGCCUCAAUUGUUUUCGCCAUCAUGGUGUUGGAGGGGCUUGGCCGCUCUCUGGACCCCAGUCUGGACAUCCUGGAGGCAGCAAAGCCCUUCCUUCUUAAAGGACCAGCAUCCUCCCCCUGAGAGUGGCAGCAGGCUCAAGAGCUGAGGGCCACUCCCAAGAGCCUCUCCUGUGGCAGCUGGAAUAUUUUAAAAUUGGACGUGUGGCAGGCACACCACUGCCGUCGCUCUGAUUUGGUUUCGGGGUCUGUUUAAAAGCUUUGGGUUAUUUGGUGAGUAAAGGGAGGGAACGGUCCUUCCUAUUCGGUUAUGGAAGCUGGGCCAGGUGCCAGGGACACUCUA